AUGAAACGAGCCGUGGUGCAGCCGCGGAACUAUGAAACAAUAGCUGCAGAUAUAUCACCCCCAGAAGGAUUGCCUCUGCUGAGCGCGAACAUUGUGUGCCAAGAUAUCUCGGGAGUCGAUUGCGCAAGACAAAAGUAUCCAACUGAACCUUACAAACAAAAGCCGUCACCGACAGUAGCAAAAUCUGCGCGAAAGUUGGACGAGAGAUCCAUCGGGAAGGUUUCUUUAAUCUGA